AUGUUUCAAUCAUAUUUUCUGAACUUUCUUUCCUUCUUUCUUUUUUCUUUCUUUUUACCCUUACAAGUUUCCGUUUCUCUUUUUUGUUAUUCUCAAAAUAUCUUUUCUUUUUUUCAUUCUUUCUUUUUUCUCUCUAUUUUAUCUUUCUUUCUUUCAUUCUUUUUUCGUUCUUUCUCUCUUUUUUCUUUCUUUACAUGUUUUUGUUUCUCUUUUUGUUAUUUUGAAAAUGUUUUCUUCCUUUUCGCUUUUGCGUUUUUCUUUUUGAUUAUUCAGAAAAUUUGUUCUUUCUUUUUUUUUUUUAUUUCUCAUUUACUUGAGCUCAUCUUUUCUUUCUUUGCCAUCUUCAUUUUCUCCCCUUUCCUUUCUUUCCAUAGCUUUUCUUCAGUCCCCAGUAGAAUUUUUCGCUUUUUACUGCUUCAUUUUUUUUUUUUACUCCAUCUUAUCUUUCUUUGUUCAUUUUCUCUUCGCUGGAUUCUUUUCAUUCUGACACACUUUCUUUUAACAUAUCAGUGUCUGUUUCUUUUUUUUUUCUCCUUUUUUUUCUAUUCUAAAUUCUUAUACAUUAUUUUUAUUUCCUUACGACAAUUUCUUUCUUUCUUUUUUGUGGUGUUUUCUUUCUUUUUUACACUUUCAUUUCUUUGUCUCUUUUACUAUUUUGUCUUUAUUUUUACAGUUCUAUCCUUCUUUCCUUCUUUUUUUAUUUCUCCUCCCUUUUUUUCUUUAAUUCUUUUUGUGCAUUUUUCUUUCUUUCUUUCGCAUUUUCCGUUUCUCUUUUUUGUUAUAUUCAAAAUGUUUCCUUGCUUACUUUCUUUCUCUUUUUCAUUCUUUCUUCCUUUCUUACACAUGAUCUUAUCUGAUGACUCCAUCAUAUGUUUCGAUGUUUUUCUCUUUCAUUCUCUUUCUUUCUUUCUUUCUUUCUUUCUUUCUUUCUUUCUUUCUUUCUUUUUCUAUUUUCCGUGA